UUUCACAACUCAUCUUUUCAUCUUCAUCUUCAUCUUCCUUCAAAAUGGCUCUCAAUCGUGCUUCUUUCAUGUCUUUCCUUCUCAUCACUUUGGUGGCAGUUUCAUCUGCUAGUGAUUACUAUACUUACAGUCCUACUCCAGAAUACAAGACGCCAUCUUAUUCUCCAGUCUAUGUGUCUCCAACUUACAGCCCAUCACCAGUAUACACCCCAUCUCCAGUAUACACUUCACCAGAAUACACUCCAUCUCCGGUGUACAAGUCACCAGAGUAUACCCCAUCUCCAGUGUACAAGUCACCAAAAUACAGCCCAUCCCCCGUGUACAAGUCACCUGAAUACACUCCAUCUCCAAUAUACAAGUCACCAGAAUACACCCCAUCUCCAAUAUACAAGUCACCAAAAUACAGUCCAUCUCCUGUGUACAAGUCACCAGAAUACACCCCAUCUCCAGUAUACAAGUCACCAGAAUACACCCCAUCUCCAGUAUACAAGUCACCAGAAUACACCCCAUCUCCAAUAUACAAGUCACCAAAAUACAGUCCAUCUCCCGUGUACAAGUCACCUGAAUACACCCCAUCUCCAGUAUACAAGUCACCAGAAUACACCCCAUCUCCAAUAUACAAGUCACCAAAAUACAGUCCAUCUCCCGUGUACAAGUCACCAGAAUACACCCCAUCUCCCGUGUACAAGUCACCAGAAUACACUCCAUCCCCAGUGUACAAGUCACCAGAGUACACCCCUUCUCCAGUAUACAAGUCACCAAAAUACAGCCCAUCUCCCGUGUACAAGUCACCAGAAUACACCCCAUCUCCAGUAUACAAAUCACCAGAAUACACCCCAUCUCCAGUAUACAAGUCACCAGAAUACACUCCAUCCCCAGUGUACAAGUCACCAGAGUACACCCCAUCUCCAGUAUACAAGUCACCAAAAUACAGCCCAUCUCCCGUGUACAAGUCACCAGAAUACACCCCAUCUCCAGUAUACAAGUCACCAGAAUACACCCCAUCUCCAGUAUACAAGUCACCAAAAUACAGCCCAUCUCCCGUGUACAAGUCACCAGAGUACACUCCAUCUCCAAUAUACAAGUCACCAAAAUACAGCCCAUCUCCCGUGUACAGGUCACCAAAAUACACCCCAUCUCCAGUAUACAAGUCACCAAAAUACACCCCAUCUCCAGUAUACAAGUCUCCAAAAUACAGUCCAUCUCCCGUGUAUAAGUCACCAGAAUACACCCCAUCUCCAGUGUACAAGUCACCAGAAUACACCCCAUCUCCAAUUUACAAGUCACCAAAAUAUAGUCCAUCUCCCGUAUACAAGUCACCAGAAUACACUCCAUCCCCAGUGUACAAGUCACCAGAAUAUACUCCAUCUCCAGUAUACAAUUCACCAGUUUACACACCAUCUCCAGUAUACGAGUCACCAGAAUACACCCCAUCCCCAAUUUACUCUGCAUCCCCAGUGUACAAGUCACCAGAAUAUACUCCAUCUCCAGUAUACAACUCACCAGUUUAUACACCAUCUCCAGUAUACGAGUCACCAGAAUACACCCCAUCCCCAAUUUAUUCACCAUCCCCAGUUUACAAGUCUCCAGAAUAUACCGCAUCACCAGUUUAUACCCCAACUUACACUACUCCUACAUAUUCUCCUAGUCCCUCAUACGGCUAUUAAGAGACUAUGUUACUAAAUGCUUGUUUUUGCAUUAUCUUAAAAUUACUUCCAAUGAGAGAUUAAGUUGCGUGAAAUUCAUAUUAUUAUUAUCUAUCGUUUUGUAUUAUUCAAAAUAUUAAAUAAAAUAUAUAUUAUCUUUUGUUA